UAGCUAGUGACCAUCAACUAGAUCAUUUUUUAUUUGAACUCACUAAAAAAAUAUAUAUAUAUAUAGAAUUAUCUGCUGGUUUGUUUCUCUGUUGUUUAUUAAGCGCGAAAGUUGAAACGAUGGCUGCUUUUACAUCGGUUGCUCUACAACCUUUGGUACCUUCUUUUGAAGGAAACCGUGAUCAUAGUUCAUGGUUGGUGAGUGUGAAAUCACACAGAUACACAACAGGUCAGAGAUUAAAUCAGAUGAACAUUGCAAGGGGGUUAACAAUUCAUUGUGCAGCAACAAAACCAGCAAAAUCACCAGCUGAAGAAGACUGGAAGGUUAAAAGAGAAGUUCUGUUGGAAAAGAAGGUAAGAAGUGUUGAUGUAAAGGAAGCUCUGCGCCUUCAGAAAGAGAAUAAGUUUGUGAUUCUUGAUGUAAGGCCUGAAGCAGAGUUCAAAGAGGCUCAUCCUCCAGAUGCCAUUAAUGUGCAAAUAUAUAGGCUUAUAAAAGAGUGGACUGCAUGGGACAUUGCUAGGCGUGCUGCAUUUGCAUUUUUUGGUAUUUUUUCUGGUACAGAAGAGAACCCUGAGUUCAUAAAGACCGUUGAAUCAAAAUUAGAUAAAAAUGCAAAGAUAAUAGUAGCUUGUUCAUCAGGGGGUACAAUGAAGCCAACACAAAAUCUGCCAGAAGGUCAACAAUCAAGGUCUCUGAUAGCAGCUUACGUGCUGGUCCUUAAUGGUUUUACCAAUGUGUUCCAUCUAGAAGGAGGCCUUUACGCAUGGUUUAAAGAGGGUCUUCCUACUGUUUCAGAUGAGUGAAGCCAAGGCCACGUUUUGACCAUAACGAGAGUGCCCAUAAAUGGAUAAAUACCUAUAGAACAAAUGAAAUGAAAUGUCACCAUUGAACUAGUUCGGA